GGUUCUAAGAUAAAAUAUAAAACAUAUAAAAAUAACUUGACAUUUGUUUUUUAUUAUCUGUAUCUGAUCAUCACCAAGAUGCGUUGGUUGUGUGUCCUUCUUCUUUUUGUGUACGUGAACAUUUUAAUUGCAUCCCCAGUGCCCUCAGACAUAGUUCAAACCUUUUUGGAACAUGAAGUAGUACCCGAUGUAUUAUCUGUGGCUCCUGCAGGAUAUUUGACCGUUAAAUUCCCGAGUGGUGCGGAAGUGAAUGGUGGCAACGUGCUGACCCCUACCCUGGUGAAGGACCUCCCCACACUCUCGUGGAAUGCAAAUCCUGACUUCUUUUAUACUAUUGUCAACACGGAUCCGGACGCCCCUUCCCGUGCAGAGCCAGUAGUAGGGGAGUUUGCCCACUGGCUUGUAGGCAACGUACCCGGCGACGAUAUCACGGCAGGAGACCAGCUCAUGCAGUACUUCGGUGCUGGACCAUCACUUGGCAGUGGACUGCAUCGCUAUGUGUUCCUAGUUUACGAACAACCUACUAAACUGGAAUUCGAGGAGCCCAGGAUUAAUUUGACAACAGCAAACCGCGAUUACUUCUCAAUUGCCAAUUUUGCCAAGAAGUACAACUUGGGGGAUCCCGUCGCGGGCAACUUCUACCAAGCUGAGUACGACGACUACGUGCCAGUCCUGUAUGAGAUAUUAGGCAUUUAAACUGAUUUAAUUUUAUUUUGCUAGAUACAA